ACAUCCGGUUACUACAUACACCAAGUCUACUUCCAUCCUCUGGCAAAAUUUCCUGGGCCAAUUGUAGCCAAAUUCAGUGUGAUUAGAGGAGUCUAUCACGCAUGGAAAGGAGAUUUACACAUAGACAUUUGGCACUGUCACGACAAAUAUGAUUUCAUUGGCCUGAAAUACUUCUGUGUUUCUGUUUAUUUACGAUGCUCAGGCCCGGUUGUUCGUUAUGGGCCAAACGCUUUACUUUUCAAUACCGCGUCAGGACAUAGAGGCAAGUCACAUAACCAUCUGUGGAGAUCUCUGCUAAAUGAGAAUCAUAGACAUAUACGCUUCGGGAAGAAAUAUUUGGAAGCAUCGACAGAUUUCCAAGCUAAACCCGAGGGCAGCAAAUCUGAUCACCAUUUUCAAGAUCGGGUGAAAGAGCACAUCAAUACUCUGAUUAGCAAGGUGUCCCAGGUCGGAAAGCAAGCUAAUGAAAGUGACGCUUGGGGGCCGCCUAUGGACAUGUCGGAAUGGUUGAGGUAUUUCACCUUUGAUGCCGUGUCAGAUUUCAUGUUCGGCUUCAAUUACGACCUCCUCAACUCUGCAAAACACCGCCAUAUUAUCCAAGACAUCAAAGACGCCAGCGUGAGAAAUAGCGUACUUGUCUAUCAACCCCUCUUGAGGGUCUUUCGGGCAGACAAAAUGAUUUUCGGAAAAUCAGUUCGAGGCACCAGGAGCUUCUGGAAAUUCAUUCGAGCGGCUAUCAGUGCACAAUCGGGAAUAAACCGAGGUGAUGAUGUCUUCACAUCCCUUGCAGGUGCAAAUUGCAAGUCACAUGAAGGACUCCUGAGCAUGACAGAGAUACAGUCGGAAAUCGGUGUACUGGUUAUCGCUGGACUUGAUACCACAGCAACAGCUAUGUGUGCAUUGCUGUUCUAUUUGAGUAAAUGCCGUCAGAGGUACGAAAAGGCCGCGAAUGAGCUGCGUGAUGUUUUCAAUUCUGUGGCUGAAGUUCGCCUUGGGUCUCAGCUCGAAAGUUGCAAAUAUUUCGCAGCAUGUGUCAAAGAGAGCUUGCGAAUAUCGCCCCCCAUUGGAUCGAGUCCAUGGAGAGAAAUUGGUGAGGGAGGUGAGACAAUUGAUGGCCACUUCAUCCCAGAGGGCUACACUGUCGGUACGGGAUUGUACAGUCUACAUCACAACGCUGCAUAUUUUCACAACCCACAUGAAUUCAUUCCGGAACGAUGGCUCAAUAGUGACGAGAGUGAUACGACAGGUUCUAACACCAAAAAGUCAGCGUUCAAUCCCUUCUCAUCUGGUCCAAGAUCUUGCAUCGGCGAGUCACUGGCUUAUUUGGAGUUAUUACUCACAAUUGCAUCACUGUUACUGGUGUACGAUUUUCGAACUCCAGAAAGAGCAUAUGACGAACUGAGGGCCGAUUUGGGUACCCAGAAACCCGGUAGGGGAAACUCGGAGGAGUUUCAGUUGAUUGAUCGCAUAUUUGGUUUGUCAAAGGGCCCUAUGCUUCAAUUUCGCCCAAGGGACAUCUUACCAAAAAAGGAGGAAGCAAACAGUGCGAAAUUUUGA